AGCUGGUCCGAUUUCCCAGCAGACGAGUCAACAACACGAAGAAAAUACGUUCAGGCACACUGAAAGUCAAUCCACAAAAUUGCACUCCAAACGAAAUUUUUUUCCACCGGUAAAGGACACAUCACUAAAUUCACCUUCCACGGGCAUCACUGAUUCAGAGAAGAAGAAAAAAAAGUAUGGAAUGCGCAAGUCACGAAUCGUUGCCAACCCAUGGCCCGGAACAAAAAAUGAAGAUCUCGCUCAAGUCGCGGGUGUUUCAAAGACGCAGAGGCGGUGGUUGCCCCGGGAAAAAAUCUCAGCGAUUUUCUGGGCACCGAGCGCUCAAUCCGAAUGAGCCAGAUGAGUUCAGCGACUGGGAAGAUAUCACGGACGCACUGAAAAAACACUCCAAGCUGGAAUAUAAACAAGAGCUCACGGAGAGCCACGACCCCAGCACAUGCAAUGCCUCGGAGAAAACGAAAUCGGAGCACUCCACGAACGCAGUCACCCGCGACACACAAGCAGGUUACGCCACUAAAAAUAUCACGGCUUACUCGGCAACCGCGGGCCAAGAAGACAGAGAUAAUGGCCAUCACAGGGAAGACUCUCGCCCCGGAAGUUCGAAUGGCGAGGAAAAGACGGUUGGUGGUGUCGAUCAUCAAGCCAGCAAUGAUGAUCUGCAAUCGCUGCUUCUGACCGGAGACACGGGGAAUUCCGUGAAACUGUUUCGCGGGUUAUGGAGCAACUUUCGCCCAAUGAAGGACAAGGAAGAACACUCAUUCACAGAUAUGGAUGAUGAAUCAAAUGCGCGAAGGGACGAUAGCAUGUGCGCGGAGAAACAAGAAGGGCGGGCUAAAUGCACGGCUGCAUCACUAAUUUCGGUGUCACACUGCGUUCUUGCUGAGAACGCAUUGACGGCACUCAAUAUUUCGCCAGACGAGGAACGUAUCGCGAGAGAUAGCGGCAUUACUCAGGCGGACUCUGAAUCAACCGAAAAAGCAUCGCCUGAUAUUUUAGAUUCCACUCGCGUCACGGACCAACUUCCGCUGGAAUCUCACACUUCGGAACCCAAGAUACUACUCAUACGACCCGUGGCCGGUGAAAAUCGGGCCUCAUCAUCACCUACCUCGGAUGACGCAACCAGUGAAGGCUUCAGAGAUCCUAUCAUGAGUUGGGACGAACUCCUACGUUCCGACGCAGGAGCAAAGGGUUCACCAUACUAUUGCCCGAAGUCAAAAGCCAUGCACAAGACACCAUCAUCUGGGUCUGUUGAUCAUGAAAAGGCGUCGACUGCGAAAUCAGCGGACGACACGCAAAUCGACUGCUGCGCAACCAACACCGGGAGACAAUUUCCACCCAAUGAAAAACAGGGCAGUUGCAAAGCCAGUGACGCAGAGCCAGAGGAGGAAUGUUCAGAAGAACAACAAGAAGAAGACGCUGUAGACACAAGUUCCAAUGCGUCCAAGCUCUACUUGAAAGCGAAAUACAUGCUCCAACGCUUGGCUGGUCUCAAACGCGAGAACCUCUAUUUAUCAGAGGACAUGCAAGAGUGGUCGGAAGCUAUGAAGGGAGACAGUUGGAAAGACAUGAUCUUUCUGAGACUGAAAUCUGCCGGGAGAUCCGCAUUUCCCGAAGGACCUCCACGAGAUGCAUUCUCCACCGAUACCGUUGAAGCAAUCAGUUACAAAACUGUCCUCAACAUGAGCGCUUUGGCUCAGAUGGAAGAAGAGAUAGAAAACAAGAAGCUCAGGAAGGCAAUCGUUACUUCGCAACAGGAAACGCUGUUGAGACGAAGAGAGAAACGCACAAGUGACGUUGCUAUGCUUGAAGAUGCGUAUUCUUACUAUUAUGACGUUCACGUAACCGGGAGGAAGCUAAAGAAAGAACUUGAAGAUUCAUUUGAACGGUUCGAGAAGAAACUGAUUCAGGUGGUGGGAUUGCUCAAGAAAUUCCCCGCGAGCUGGGAAGAAAAGAAGGAAUUACAACUGGCAGCUGAAUCAAUGGGAGAAUACCUGAGCUCAGGAUUCCCUCUCGACCCUGGCAACAUGAAGAUACUGGAAAUCCUGAACCCGCACUUGAAAGAACACAACUUGCUGAAUGUAUUUCUUCAGCGCUCCGGUUCAUCAAAAAUAUCCGACUCGAAUCAACUUUGGAGUGCUUACAAAAGAGCAAAACCAAAGCGGAACGUGGUCCCACAGUUGAUGCCCAAAGAACACGCACAAGUUGUUACAGCUCUCCCGAUGGUUCAACGCGAAUGGCACAGAGCAAGUUUGCGCUCCGCGAUUCAAAUCAAAGAUGGUCUCCAGGCAAUUCGGGAAUGCGUCAGAAAUAUCAAAAACUUGACAGGCAAAGUUUCGGAGCCCAAAACAUUCCGGGAGGCCUUCUGGGAUUCCUCGUUCGUUCACAGAUAACCGUUUCACCCGAGCAGCUUUUUGUUUUCUGUAUCCGCACGUUCGUGGAAUAAUUUUCAUUUUCCGAUAUACUGUCUUUGAAAUUUUGCGAUUGACGAAGAAAUUGAAAGGUCAGUCAGUUACGGCCGAGUCUAAAAAAAAA